AUGAGCAGCUUCAACACCACCUUAAAAGGUGGCUUCAUUUUGAUGGGCUUCUCAGACUGGCCUCAACUGGAACAUAUCUUUUUUGUCUUCAUUUCAAUGUUCUAUAUCCUAACCAUCUUUGGAAACUUCACCAUCAUCACAAUCUCACGAAUGGAUCAGCGACUACAAACACCAAUGUACUUCUUCCUUAACAACCUCUCUUUCCUGGACCUCUGCUACACCACCAGCAUUGUACCUCAGCUUCUUGUCAAUAUUUCUGGAAUUGACAAGACCAUGAGCUAUGCUGGGUGUAUGACCCAGUUCUUCAUAGUGCUCUUACUGGGUGGAACUGAGUGUAUGCUCCUUGUGGUGAUGGCUUUCGACCGCUAUGUCGCUGUGUGUCAUCCACUACACUACACCAGCAUUAUGCACCCCCUUCUCUGCCAUGCAUUGGCCAUCUCCUCCUGGGUGGGAGGCCUUGUGAACUCUCUGACUCAGACAAGCCUCAUCAUGACCAUACCUCUCUGUGGCCAUCACCUGAACCACUUCUUCUGUGAGAUGCUUGUUCUCCUGAAGCUGGCUUGUGAGGACACAGGAGGAACAGAGGCCAACUUGUUUGUGGCUGGAGCUGUAAUUUUGGUCUGUCCUGUAGCACUAAUUCUAGGCACCUAUGCACACAUUGCUCAUGCAGUGUUGAAGAUCAAGUCAAGAUCUGGGCGCAGAAAGGCCCUGGGGACUUGUGGGUCCCACCUUACUGUGGUUUUUCUUUUUUAUGGCUCAGCCAUGUACACCUAUCUCCAACCUGUCCAUGUGUAUUCCGGGAGUGAAGGGAAGUUUGCUGCCCUCUUUUAUACUAUCAUUACUCCAAUGCUGAACCCUCUGAUUUAUACCCUAAGAAACAAGGAUGUGAAGGGGGCUCUAUGCAAGGUACUAGGGAGAGAUACAAGCACAACAUAG